UUUUUCACUCUUUAUCUUUAUUCACUUUAUUACCCGCGGCUACAAAAGUACGCACUCUCCGGCGAUUCUCUUUUUCAAUCGCCGCCCGAAUACUCGCAGUGCUGUUCCUCUCCCAGACACAUCUUCCCUUUGACCGUAUCCGGUAUCCCCCACAUAAAACAAGUUCUCUCUCUUAAAAAAAAAAGAAAUAAUAACAUGAAUAAAUUAAUAAUAAAUUAUUAAAAAAGCGGGAACAAAAAGCGCUCACUAUUUUAUAUAUAGCUGAUGUGAGACGAGUUCCCUCAACAAACCCCACGUACGCCCUUUUCGUCCUCCCCUCUCUCUCUCUCUCUCUCGCUCGUCGUCCUCGUCUUCUUCUUCAUCGGGAGGUUUCAUCUUCCUAAACCCUAAUUCUCGCUUACUACUUACUAAUUCGGUGGAGUCCUUGAUCGAAGAGAUCGAUCGGGAUCGAGCUCGAGAUCGAGAUUCAUGGCCCCCCCCAACACCUGGAUCUCCUUCUCCUUACCUCCGAUCGAAAUGCUCCUCACCCCCUACGCCUCAGCCUACGCCUCCGAUCCGAUCGUCCCUUCCUCCCACCACGACGCCGCUUCGUACCAAUUCCUCUCCCAGGCAAUGAAGCUCGAGGACACCGCCGCGGCGCACGGAUCCCCGCCGUUGGAUCCGUGCAUCGAAACCCUAGCCGACGCCCACGAUUCGUCCGCCUCCUUCACGGGCGCUACCGAUCGGCGCGGCUACGAAGUGCCCUACCCAUUUCUCCUCGCCUCCGCGAGCUCGGAAAUGGCGGAGGAGCCCUCGUCGGUGAUCGGCGGCGCCGCCUCCGCCUCCGCCGGGUACUCGCCGGAAUCCGGCCGCGAAAUCACCGUGCCGUCGUAUCCGCCGCCGCCGCCGCCGAUGCUAGCGGCGGCGCAGCCGCGAUCGGAGCGGAGUGCGGCGGUGGGCUCGUGUAAGAGAACCUCAGCGUACCGAGGUGUUACCAGGCACAGGUGGACGGGGAGGUACGAGGCGCACCUGUGGGAUAACACGUGCCAGAGGGAGGGACAGAAACGCAAGGGUAGGCAAGUUUACUUAGGUGGCUAUGACAAAGAGGAAAAGGCAGCAAGGGCUUACGAUCUCGCAGCUUUAAAGUAUUGGGGUCCUACUGCUGCUACAAAUUUUCCAGUAGAAAAUUAUAGCAAUGAGAUUGAGAAUAUGAAGGACAUGACGAAGCAAGAAUUCAUAGCAUCCUUACGAAGAAAAAGCAGUGGCUUUUCAAGAGGUGCUUCCAUAUAUCGAGGAGUAACGAGGCAUCACCAACAUGGACGGUGGCAAGCGAGGAUAGGCCGGGUCGCAGGCAACAAGGAUCUCUAUCUAGGAACUUUUGCGACGGAAGAGGAAGCUGCCGAGGCAUACGACGUAGCUGCAAUCAAGUUCAGAGGAGUGAACGCGGUCACCAACUUCGAGAUUAGCAAUUACGACGUGGAAGCUAUCGCCAGUACGGACCUACCGAUCGGAGCAUCGACGAAACGGACGAAGCUUGCACCCAAAGAAGACGACCAACUCGCGUCCUUCAGCCUGAUUCAUCACCACCCGAACAGCACACCCUUCGGCCCGAUUCAUCAACACCCGGAUCUCAUACCCGUAGGUUUCUUCCCGAAUCUAUUUCAGCUUCGCGCUUCUUGUCCCUUGAGCUCUCUAGCUUACUACACUGUAGGCGAGCCUAACCUGGACUUGCAUAGCUAGGGUUUGUAUUAGCUUGCUGCUAGCAUAAAAACCUACUUAACGUACCGGCUGCUGUAGGGAGUCGACUUCUUCAGCUGACAGCUUUUUAGUUUUCCGCUAAUCUAGUGAGUGCUUUUUGAAUACAUGUUG